GCCUUGAUAGCUGCCUUAUAAAAACGGUUGAAUACAUUCGCGACUGCGUCAUUAGAGCAAAACAAAGCACCUGAAGCAACAUGCCAUCGCAGCUGAUUGUCAUAACUUUAAUCAGUUUUGUGGGAAUUUUUCCUGCAGAAGUGAGUUAAGAUUAUGGUGUUUGCUGUGUGAGUCACUGUGCUGAUUUUCUUGCCCACACGGCGUCAGGUGCGAGGUGCCCUUUGAAGAUGUGGGCAACCGUUGCCUCUUCAUCGAUGUCCACACCGGGGGCACCUGGCAAGAGGUGGAGAAUUUCUGCAAAGAGCAAUUAAAAGGAAAGAUGUUCAACUUGGAUUCAUUAUCAAUCUACUCCUACAUUCUCGAUUACCUCAAAGUGAAAGGUCUAUCAAAAUACAGCUUCUGGACUGACGGGAGCGACCAGGUCAUCGAAGGUCACUUCUUCCACACGAAUACAGGCAACCCCGUGGAAAUGGGAACGCCCUUCUGGGCCUACGAUUGCACCUCCCAGCAGGAGUGCCAACAAGAGCCCCUCGGAGGAGAGCAAGAGAACUGCGUGGAAUUGGGCGGGAAUCGUUUCCAUUACCUCAACGAUGUUUCUUGCAACGCUUAUAAUUAUGUCAUUUGUCAGGAUUAUUAGAUUCUCAUGGAUGACGAUUCUUUACAUUUUGUCUUGUUUUCUUAUCGUAAAUAAAUUGACUUCUGUAUCAGAUGAAAAUCA